UGGGGAGGGAAGGGAGGAUAAGGUGCUGGGCGAGGGUUGCCAUUCUCGUCGACUUGUGGCUCGGCAAACUGAGCCUCAUCAAAAGAGCCCUCGGCUGGUCUAAACUCCCCAUCCUCAUCCUCGCCAACGCCUCGCUUCGAACCCUUCGUCUUCUUCUUGCGUACACGAUGAACACCAGUCCGCGGAUCCACAUUGUCGUUCACGGUCCAAUAGGAGCCUUUGCCGCGGGGGUUUAAGACUGAGGUGCUGGUGGCGUACCUUCCAUCCGUUGGGAGCAGUGCGGAAAUAGGGGAACUAGGAGAUGUGCCCAUGGGUAUUGGUAUCCCAAAAGAGAAUGAAAAAACGUACACGAGACUCGAU